CUUAGCGCGGAAUCCUAGGCAAAUCAGAAUAUAAUAAUAGUUUUAUUUUUUCUUUAGCUAAGAAAGGGUCCUUAGACAAGGUGUUUAAGGACUUAAUCCUUACGUGUGUGGCAACAGCUGAUAGGCAAGGGGUGGAGGUGACUUUCGCGUGUGGGAAAAAAAAAUUAUUUUCUUUUUUCAUCCAAAAAAAAAGAGUUCUGGCGAUAUCAAAGGGGAUUCGACGAUAGGAGAAGAUUCAAACAACAUUCCUCGUCGUCUAGCUUCUGAGGACAAGAAUCCGGUGAGUGAGAGAGAUAGAGUCGGCGACCUUUGAUCCACUCGUAAUCUCUUCCGAUCAUCGUUUUACGUAUCGAAUUUAUCAACUUGUUGUAAGCCAUCUUCUUCUUCCAUUUUCAAGCUUUAUUGAAGUUUUCAUUUCUGAGUUUUGUUUUAGGGAUCUUCUGAAAGUCUGAUAGGUUUCCCCACUUCGAAUCUUGACCUUAUUUUGAUCAAACAUCACAUUAAGAAUCAGUUGAUCUAAUAAUGAUUUGUGACAGCUGUUGUGUAAGAAGAGUUUCUCAAAGAGGUUAGGUUAUAAGAAGAAGCAAUGAUUGGGUUGUUUAAAGUAAAGGAGAAGCAAAGAGAACAAGCUCAGAACGCUAGCAGAGGAGGAGGAGGAGGAGGAGGGGCUUCCGUUAAGAAGCAAUCUGCUGGUGAACUUCGUCUUCACAAAGAUAUAUCAGAGCUGAACCUUCCAACCUCUUGCACGAUAUCUUUUCCCAAUGGCAAAGAUGAUUUGAUGAACUUUGAAGUCUCCAUUAAACCUGAUGAUGGUUACUACCAUAAUGAAGGAAACGUUUGCCUCAACAUCUUGCGUGAAGACUGGAAACCUGUUCUUAACAUUAACACUGUUAUCUAUGGACUCUUCCAUCUCUUCACGGAACCAAACUCUGAAGAUCCCCUGAACGAUGAAGCAGCACAGGUUUUAAGGGAUAACCCAAAGCUGAAACCACUUUAUCCUCCAUUGUAUUUCUCUUAUUCUCAAAGGACCCUUGUUUGUUUGUUCUUGCUUUUGUAAAAUUACAUUCUCCCUUUCCCUUAGAGACUGAAAGGAAAUGAAAACUCAAUAAAUAAAAAUUUUAAAUUUAAAUA